AUGUCCGGUAAAGUUGUCAAUGUCGUCGCAAUUGGUUGUGGUGUGAUUGGUUCCGCCUUUUUGGACCAAUUGUUGGCUAUGAAGUCCCCAAUCACUUACAACCUUAUUUUGAUCGCUGAGAGUAAGACUUCUCUGAUCUCUAAAGAUUAUAAGCCAUUGAGCUUACAAAACGGCUGGAGAUCGGCCUUACAGAAUUCUCAGCAAAGCAGUUUGUCUCUAGAAGACAUGUUGGAAUUCUUGAAAAAAUCUCCUCAACCAGUCAUCCUGGUUGACAACACUUCGAGUGCCCAUAUCUCUGGAUUUUAUCCAAACUUCAUUCGUAACGGAAUCUCUAUCGCCACUCCAAACAAGAAGGCAUUCUCCUCUGAUCUAAAAAUUUGGGAUGACAUCUUUGCAGCCAAGCCAACUGACGGUUUGGUAUACCACGAAGCCACCGUUGGCGCAGGUUUGCCAAUCAUCGGCACUUUGAGAGACCUAAUCCAAACUGGUGAUGAAGUCGAGAAAAUUGAAGGUAUCUUCUCUGGUACUUUGUCUUACAUCUUUAACGAAUACUCUACCACCGAAGCUAAUGAUGUCAAAUUUUCUGACGUUGUCAAGAAGGCCAAGGAGCUUGGUUACACCGAACCAGAUCCAAGAGAUGACUUGAACGGGUUGGAUGUCGCUAGAAAGGUCACUAUCUUGGCUAGAAUCAGCGGUUUGAAGGUCGAGUCUCCAACUGCAUUCCCUGUUCAAUCUUUGAUUCCAAAGCCUUUGGAAUCUGUUGCUUCCUCUGAUGAGUUCUUAAGCAAGCUAUCCCAAUACGAUGACGAUUUGAGUAAGUUGAAACAAGAAGCAGCCGCCGAGAAUAAAGUCUUGAGAUUCAUUGGCAAGGUUGACUUGGCUACUAAGGAAGCCUCCGUUGGUAUUCAGAAGUACGAUGCGUCUCACCCAUUUGCCGCUUUGAAGGGUUCUGAUAACGUCAUUUCUAUCAAGACCAAGCGUUACGUCAACCCAAUGGUUAUUCAAGGUGCUGGUGCUGGUGACGCUGUCACAGCCGCUGGUGUUCUUGCUGAUGCCAUUAAGAUUGCUCAAAGAGUUUAA